AUUGCCAUCACCCUGCAAGUGUGAUCGAUAAUAACUGAAGCUGGCUAGCUAGAAAUAUAUAGUCUGUCUGCGGCCGCGAACUGCCCUCAGUUGUGGCCUGCUGUCCUGUUCUCUGAGGAUAGUCUCACGGACGCGUCUUUUGACCUACAAUCUUUAAUAGGUUUAUUUCUUUGUUUUUAGUUUUUGUUGAUUUCUUGACCUCUUCAGGAGGCGUUUUGUGUACUCUGCCGCCGAUAUGCUCGCAACAGGAAAGCUGAUGAGUGUGUGUGGAAUUGAAGGCAUUGUACUCAUCACAAUGGUUCUCCUAGGGAACAGGUGUCAAGAGACAUACGCAGACAGUGGCAGUAAUGAGACGGUGCAUUCCCACGAAGGUCUAACAAGCCCACAGAGUUGGGUCAACCAUACUGUCAACUACUCUCAGCCCAACAUGCCCAACCACCGGUCAAAAGCGUGUUCUUCUAGUACAGCGAGCGUGGAUGAGUCACAAGGCAUGUCGCAAAGCUAUGAAGAUAUAGUAGAUAUGCCAGAGUCCAGCUGGGUUUUAUUGACUCUAAUGAAAACCUACGACAAACGGAUCAGACCCAACUUUGGCGGUCUACCGACCAUCGUAGCUUGCAGUGUUUUCGUCUUGAGUAUGGAUGAGGUUACAGAAGUUACCAUGGACUACGGGAUGACGAUCCUUCUGGAAGAAUAUUGGAAUGACCCUCGUCUGGCCUACGCAAACAUAAGCACGCUACCUUACAUCUCAUCCGGCAUGAGUGUAGCGGAGAAAAUCUGGGUACCAGACCUAUUUUUCGCUAAUGAGAAACGGGCAAGCUUCCAUGAGGUCACUGUCCAUAACAGACUGAUAAGGGUAUAUCCCGAUGGGGAUAUAUUUUACAGCAUGAAAUUGAGUUUGGUGCUGUAUUGCCACAUGGAUUUCAAGGCUUUCCCGAUGGAUAAGCAGAGGUGCAAGACUGCUAUCGAAAGCUAUCAAAGCACGGAAGAUGAACUGAUCGUAUUAUGGAAGAUGCCUAAUCCAGUUGCCAUGGCAACUGAGAUCAGUCUACCGCAAUACUCCAUGCAGCCGGACAUUCCAUUCGGUACAUGUCAGAAUCGUGUAUCGACAGGACCUUCAAAUGCGAACUUCUCCUGCAUUCAGUUCAGCUUUACCUUGGUCCGCGAGUUGACCUUCUACAUCAUACAGACCUACAUCCCUACGUCAUUGCUGGUGCUGAUUUCGUGGGUGUCCUUCUGGAUCGAUAUUGGCCAAGCAGCGGCGCGAGUAUCGCUGGGUGUGACUACCGUUCUCACUAUGACAACCACGACUGUUGGCUACGGCGCAUUUGCUGGUUUGCCGAAAGUUUCUUAUACCAAGGCGAUCGAUUUAUGGUUUGAUGCAUGCUUGUCGUUUGUCAUCGGAAGUCUUUUCGAGUACGCCGUGGUUCAUUAUUUGUGGACCAAGGACAAAGCAGAGAAACAUAUACGAUGGGCUGCUUCAAGAGAAUCGUUCAAAUCACCGGCACCGUACCACGCUGGGAACAGUCCACAAACUAACAGCUACAUUUACAGCAACACAUACAAAGAUCCUUCAUUCCGUGACCAGUGCUCCGAGACGGACUCACAAAACAGCCGGUUUGGUAGCCGCUAUAACUACCAGACGAACUACCGUACAGUCCGUAAGAACUCCUACACUGGCCAUCAGGAUUCAGACCCGGAAGUGGGGUAUAGUAAACUGCAGCAUGAAGGGAAUGUGUUAGCUGCGAGGAAACGUUGUAAACUGAUCGCCAUCCGAAUAGACAGACUAUCAAGGGUAUUUUUUCCAGUCACUUAUGUGGUCUUCGUCAUUACAUACUGGGUCUGCUAUUACAGAAUUUAUGUGGCUGAACUGGACUAUUAGAUCAUAAAAAAAGGAAAAGACUGGAACUUUGUUAGCGGACAAUACCACGGAGAAGGUGAUCAAAGCUAGUUUUAGUGUCUGGCUGAUGCGGUGGGGCAUAUGAAAAUGUUGUGAGGGUUUGUAGUUUUCUCGUUACAAAACAGCUUCAGAUAUCAUUUUCUUUUUAAUUCGGCUUUGUUUUGUCAUGAUAUGUCACGAUUCUAAUAAUAAAGGUGGUCUGUUUAUAGCCUGUGUUCCACCUUCAAGGGAUAAAUUGAUACUGCAUUGUUGCAAUUAUCCCCAUGUGCGGGUCCGGGUGAGUGUGUGUGUGUGUGUGGGGGGGUGAGUGUUUCGGAAUAUGGUGCCUUGUGGAGACCCAGGAGAA